AUGGCGAAGGACAAGCGCCAGGAGGUGUGCACCCGCGAGUACACCAUCAACCUCGGCAAGCGGCUGCAUGGCAUUACCUUCAAGAAAAAGGCCCCCCGCGCAGUCAAGGAGAUCAAAAAGUUCGCACAGAAGCAGAUGGGCACCAAAGAAGUGCGUGUGGACGUCAAGCUCAACAAGGCGGUGUGGAGCCAGGGCAUCAAGAACGUUCCCACACGGCUGCGUAUUGUGAUCCAGCGGAAGCGGAAUGAGGAUGACGAGGACUCUGAGGAGAUGUUCUCUUUUGUGACGCUGGCCGAGGACCAGACCACCAAGAAGGGCGUCGUGGUGCUGGAGGCGUAG